AGGCGAGACGGGCAGGGAUCCGGCUCCUGCCCCUGACUCCCUUCGCGAGGAAGGGCGGGGGAGAGGAACACCCAGAUUGACUGGAAACGCUCGGCUGCCCGUGCACCCUGCCUCGUAUGACGCUCGGGCGGGCCUCUAGCCGCGUUUGGCCGGUAAUGUGCCUAAUCCUGUCCGGGCGCUUGCUUGCUUUCUUUCGCUUCGCGGCGGCCGGAAAAGUUGCCGCUUCCGCGCGCGGGGAGCCGAGUCUUUCGCGUCGCCGCCCGGGAUGGAGGGUGGAAAGCAAAGGCCGGCCAGACUUUCGACGCCGCUCCAGCUUUUCGUCUCCUUUCCUGGGUCCCCCCCCGUUGCUGCUGGGCUGUAAGCAGGGAAAGCUUGUCCUGCGGCCCUGGCAGGAAAAAGGGGUGCUGGGUAUUCGGCAUGCAAGCCGGAAAGAGGCCGCGGCUACUGCUUGGCCGGAAUGCCUUCUGCCAGCUGUGCGAGGCAGAUGUUGAGUGGCCCCUUCGGCUGCGGCCUCCGCCUGCUUCUCUUGUCACCUCGGCAACUUCGAAAGAAUUGGCUUUUCGCGCGCGCACGCGCUGCGGAAUUAAACUGAGCUGCUUCCUCGCAGCCCGGCUUGAUCGCGCGCCCACGGGGCCCGCCUCCGGAUCUGCUUUUUUGUGCAGGUUGGAGGCGUUUGUCAGACGCUGCUGCUGCCGCCGCCGCCGCCGCCGCCAGCCAGCGAGCCAGGUUGCUGCGUGAGGAGGCGGCGAGGAGCCCCGCGGUGUCGGGAGGACAGCGAGCGGUAGCAGAAGCGACCCGGGCCCCCCAAUGGAGGAAGAGGAAGAGAUAGUGGCUGCCGUUAGCGAGGAGUGGCAAGGUGUUGCGGAAAAGAGAAAGGCCUGGGCUAAAUGCAGGGACUCCUGGCAAGCGUCGGAGGCCGAGUGCCUGUCUCCAGAACCAGCGGAACUGGCCCCCGAGCAGGAGCUCCGCAGCAGCAAGUUGCCCUUGACUGCGGAAGGAGAACACCAUUGGGAGCUUCCUUGGAUGAACAGAGCAACCCAGCAUUAAAAGGCAUGCUGGUGAGGAAUGGAGGAAGUUUUGAAGAUGAUUUAUCUCUGGGAGCAGAAGCAAAUCAAUUGCAUCAAAGCAGUGAACAAAUGGAAAUCUGUAAUAGUAUGUUGGCAAAGGACAAGAGACUUCAGUUUCAUCAGAGGGGGAGAAGUAUGAAUUCCACUGGCUCAGGAAAAAGCAGUGCAACCGUUUCUAGUGUGUCUGAACUACUGGAACUCUAUGAGGAAGAUCCUGAAGAGGUUCUCUAUAAUCUUGGAUUUGGACGUGAUGAACCAGAUAUUGCUUCUAAAAUUCCAUCAAGGUUUUUUAAUUCAUCAUCUUUUGCAAGGGGAAUAGAUAUCAAAGUGUUUCUGAGUGCCCAACUGCAACGAAUGGAAGUGGAAAAUCCCAAUUUUGCUUUGACAAGUCGUUUUCGGCAAAUUGAAGUGCUUACUACUGUCGCCAAUGCAUUCUCUUCCUUGUACUCCCAAGUUUCUGGCACUCCCUUGCAAAAAAUUGGGAGCAUGAAUUCAUCUUCCAGUAAAGAAGCAUCCAGCCCUCCUCCUCUGACACGAAGCAACACAGCGAAUCGUUUGAUGAAGACCCUGUCUAAACUCAAUCUCUGUGGGAACCCUCAAGCAGGGGACAGUGGCAGUAAUAUAACCACUGAGAAGGGCAAAUCUGAAAAUGGGAGUGAAGAAGCAGAAGUGAAAAAUGAAGCCAAAACCCCAAAACACUUCAAAGCAUCUUUGUUGGCAACAGUAAAAGAAGAAGUAUCUUGCAAUCAGUGCAACCUACUAGGAGCUUUAGAUACUUCAGAACUUUCUCCUGGCACUAACAUUCAACAGGAAACUCAAGGUUAUGCUAUGUCUUAUGAAGAUCAGCAAAAUAACAACUCUUUUGGACAUUCGGGUGGACUCCAUGAAAAGAUUGCUGCUAUGAACUCUUCUAGUCUCAUGGCCGAUACUCUGGAAUCAACCAAUUCUGAACUUAAAAGUAUCGGGGCAAUACAAACGCCUCCAGCUUCAGUGGCUGAUAAAGAGACUUGUGUUCCGCUAACCAUUCCAUCCAUUGCCAGCCUCAUGCUGCAACAGAAGGACUCCUUUGAAAUGGAAGAGAUUCAAAGCACAGAGGGAGAGAUUCCACAUGCUCCUAACACAAGCCAACUGGCUUUAAUCAAAACAAAAAAAGAUCAGCUCUUGCGAUCAGCAAGUCAGCAUUCUGACAGCAGUGGCUUUGCAGAAGAUUCUUCCACUGACUGCUUCUUGCUCAAUCAACUGCAGGGGCAUGACUCAUUGCAGGCCAUGGGAAGCAGCGCUGAUAGCUGUGACAGCGAGACCACUGUGACAUCCUAUAGCGAGGAACUCAAGACUCCAGUUGCCGAACCAGAGUCUAGUUUCAGUGAGCUUGAUGAGGAGAAAUUCUUCCUCUUGGAAAUGGAACAACAGGGAAAAGAGGUGGUAUCUGAGGUGGAUGCAGGAGGCCAGGAGACGUUAGGACAUCAAGAUGGACUUUCUUCAAGUGGCAGAGAGGAAGAGUGUGGCAGAGGUGGCUUAGAGAGAAGAAACGACAUGGUUUCAGUCCAUGAAGCAGAAUCUGAGGCAUUGGAUGAAAGCAGUGAAGAGAGUGAUGUGGAUAAGAGCAGUGAAUGCGAAUUCCCUCCAUAUAAAACUCACCAUAUUCUCAAAUCGGUGUCAUCUCUAGAAAGUAGCAGUUCCUCUCCUUCUUCUGUGGAGAGGGUUAAUAUUGCUUUACAAAGAGCCCAGAGGAAGGACAGUGGGUCUUCCAUUCCCAGAACUAGUCGCCCCCUGCUCAAAUCAAAAGACCUUCUUUUUAAGAACAGGCAUCAGGCCCCUGAACUGGGUUAUCCUCUGAGACGUUCCCAAUCCCUCCCAACCACUCUUCUCAACCCAGUGCGAGUGGUCUCCUCUGUCAAUCUCCAGCUAACUCCAGGCAAGCAAAUGUUAUGUGGCCCUCCCUCUUUUACAUACAAGUAUGACACAGAGGAGGAUCCUGGAAAGGAGAAUACCCCAGAAGAAACAUCCUUCGGAGACAUUAACAAGAGCUCUUCUUCUUUAUGUAAAUCCACCCUCCACAUUGCUCCUUCACCCACAAGGAAGGAACCUUCCCAGCCUGUUGGAAACAAGGGGCCGGAUGAGUUCUCUUGCAGCAGAAUACAGAGUUGCCCUUUGCACCUCCCACCAUGCAUGUCUCGCUCAUCGUGUUCGCUGCAUUCUCUCCAUUCUGAUGGUCCAGACCAGCACUUCCAGGACCACACAAGGACCUUCAGUGCAUACAGCGUCCCAAGCACCCCUGGCUCUUCCUGUGCCGGGUGGCCUUCCCCUUUUGGCUGCCCUCAUAUGCUGAGGCACGUUGGACAUCCCCACCGGUUUCAUUCCAUAAACCCUCCCUCCACUGUUGAAAUGCAGUUGAGGCGAGUCUUGCACGAAAUCAGAAACUCUUUGCAAAACCUUUCACAGAACACUAUGAUGAGAACUCACGACUUCACUGCAGCCUCUUACAGUACUCAGAGAUCAUCCAUUCUACCUCUCUAUGAAAAUACUUUCCAAGAUCUUCAAGUGGUGAGAAGGAACCUAAAUCUCUUUAGAACUCAAAUGAUGGACUUAGAAUUGGCCAUGUUGCGCCAGCAGACUGCUGUUUAUCAGCACAUGACAGAAGAAGAGAGAUAUGAAGCUGAUCAGCUCCAGACUCUGAGAAAAUCGGUUCGUAUGGAGCUUCAGGAGUUAGAAAUGCAGUUAGAGGAACGUCUGCUUGCUCUUGAAGAGCAGCUCAGGAGCAUGCAUGAAUCAUCACCUUGCAGACAACAAACCUUCAUGGGAAUGUAUGGUAGCAGAAGCAUUGAUAAUUUGUCAUGUCCUUCUCCGUUGAAUGUGAUGGAGCCAGUCUCUGAACUCAUUCGAGAGCAAUCAUCUCUGAAAUCAGAGUUAGGGCUGGGACUGGGGGAACCUGGCAUGCACACUCCUCCACCUGAAGGCUCGGAAUCUGCAUUUGAUCACUGUGCGCAUUCUGAUUCCUCUUCGGUGUGUUCUAGUCAAGCCAGCAGAAAAGCCCACGGGCGGUCAUCUGAAAGGUGCAAGCCACCCAGCCAAAAGGUGUACCGGGCAAGCAUAGCCUUGAUGCCCUCUCCGCCUGCAAGAGCAGGAGUCAGGCAGCCACCUGAGGAGCACUUGACAUCCACCUCCACUGUGGGGCAGAAACUUGAAAAGCUUCCCCUUGGGCCUGCAGCUGAGGAAAUGUCCAAGAAUGUGGAGAAUGAGGAACUGCAGCAAGUCAUCCGAGAGAUCAAGGAGUCUAUUGUUGGGGAAAUCAGACGGGAAAUUGUAAGUGGGCUGUUAGCAGCUGUUGCUUCCCCAGGCGUAUCAGCUACUGCUAAGCAAGAAACACAGCCGUGAAUCGGUACUACAGGGUUAGUAUAUGGUCCAGAGGACCCCGUGGAUGUCUCCUUUUGGGAUAUGUAGACGGAUGCAUCUGCCUGCCAGCCUGACACCAGGAGAGACUGCUGUUGUAUGCAACAGUGACUUGUGUGCUGCAUGUCUUCCCAUGUCAGGCCUAUGUGCUAAGAUCCAGGCACUUUUCAUCUUACUGAUGUGCAUAAAUGAUCAAGAGAAUUGUGAUUAUCUUGCAAGCCUUAAUAUUUAUUUGUGUGUUCCUUCUAAGACUUGAAGAUUUCUGGACCUUCCCUGGUUAUAAAUAGCCUAGGAUUGUUAUAGUUUCACACAACAACAACAAAAAUCCCUGCUGACCUCUGUGAGGUAUUUAACUGUGCAAUAACUGUUUCACUUUGAGAGCUUGGAGUAAUCAUUUCCACUGCUGUUAUCAAGUGCCACUUAAAAAGAAGAGAAGAAGCUGUUGUACAAAUGAACGCUUGGGAGAAGCUGUCAUUUGCAGAGAGUUUAGAAAAUGACAUGAAUUUACUUAAAACUACUACAGACGCUUACACUGAAAGCCUUAUCUUUGUAUAGUAGAUAACCUUUUUUUAAAAAAAGGAUUUAUAUAAUUUUCUGCUUUCUUUAUCUUUCCCUUUUUUCUUGGGAUGUCUUGUCUUUUUUUUUUUUUUAACUUAAUGUAUGAACUACUCUGCAAUUAUAUUAAGAGGUGGUUUUUAGCCAUUUCCUCUGCCUACUAAAGCAAGUUGGAAAAACACUAGUUUAAAAGGCAAAACAAGUGGUAUGUAACAACAUGGGCUUAGCAUUAGACUGCUGUUACGGGAAAUUCACUUGUUUUUCCUACAGCCUAAGGAAAAUGGCAUUCAUUACCGCCAAUAAAAAUGGAAGCAAGUGUGAUUCUUAAUACAUAGUUUAUACAUUAAUGCUCAAAGAGUUGAAAUAUAGCCAUGUCUUAAAUGCUAAUCAGCUACCUUACAUGUUUUUAAAAUGUUUUCAGCUAAUAAAAUUAAGAUUUUGUUAAAUAAUCAGUGACUCAUAAAAAUGUAACAAUACUGGGAGAAGUAUGUCAAAAAACUUUGUGUUGGGAAUAUACACCCAAGGGCUGAAUCCUUUUUAAAAAGGCUACUAUGCCAAUAAAAAUAUUUAUUUUGCCUA